AUGGAUGAGGACCUCUUUAAUGCCCUAGCUGAAAUAUCAUAUUUCAAACACUACCAAAGCCAACCACAACAGUACACAACCGAAAUUGUUGAUCUUCGACAGCAUUUAUUGUUGACUUCCAUCCAGAGCAUAUCCAUCACAUCCAUCUUCAACAACCACUAUACCGCUUAUGUUUAUCAUGUUGGGUCAACAAUUUUGUACCAUGGGGAUUCAUUGCAUCAGCCACCUGCCAACAACAUCCUGGAUAUUAUCUCAUUGGUUAUCGCAGGCCUUGGACACCUGCCUGUAGAUACAAUCAAUUGUGGGACUAUCUCAAGACAGGGCGGUUUCAAUGGCGGAGAUGGAAGCUGUGGCAUUGCCGCACUUAAUUUUAUUGAGUCCUAUGCUGACAACAACCUUCGCCAAGGGCAAGGCUCAGACUUGCACCUCUUCAGGGACAUGGCACUGAAAAACAUGAUUCACUAUCAUGAUGGUGCACAAAUUGAGAGCUUUCCUGCACUCAUGUGGAACACAUUGGCACACAUUUCACCAACUCAAUCUACUGCAACCAUCUCCGAGAUUGCCUCUGGUUAUAUUGAUUUCAACAUAUAUUCACCACUGAAUUCUCAUCCCAUCUAUGCAUUUAUCACCCAUGAAAUGGCUCUGCAAUGUUAA